AAACCACGACGACGACGGCAACGUGUAACAAUAUAAUUGUGGACAAUUAAUUACAUGUCUUAAAUGGUUUAAGCAAAACGUUGACUCCCGACGGUGUGCGGGCACAUAUCACAUGAAGAUUUAAGAGGAGUCCGCAUGCUCUUAGCUCAAUCCAUUCCUGUCAAUUUCAGGACAACAAACAUUCCUUGAAGAGCAAAGAGCGAUGGAAAGAUGGUCGAUUCUUCUAUGUGGUCUCGUGAUUGCCUCCGGGGUUCUUUCAUCGGCAGUCGAUGGUAAGCAUAUCCGCUUUCAACAGUUCAACUAUCAGCCUUUCGCGUCGCGUUUUGGUCCCUUUUUACAGCUUAAAAAAGAAAAUGUCUUUCCUGUUUUGGCAGGCACCUCGAAUUAUGACGGUUGGAGUACUUGGUCGUCUUGGGGAUUGUGUUCUAGCUCUUGUGGACAGGGAAAACAACAUCGGUAUCGCUUCUGUACAAGCGUGAGCACGUCUGUGGACAAGGAGUCAACAUGUGCAGGGAAGGCGCUCAUGUCAAGAUCAUGCGCACUCAAUCCCUGUCCAGUUUCAGGGUCAGCGUGCUCCUGUGGAUGCCGCUUAACAGAACCGCACGGGAUGAUCACGUCAUCACCGCAGCUGUUCCCCCGCCCGGGUCGCUCCAGCUGCACCUGGGUGAUUACCUUACCUCAGGGCCACAGGGUGCAUUUAUGGUUUGACGCCUUGAAGAUGGACGGUGACUCCAUCAUUGUACGAGAUGGGAACGACUCGAGCGCGCCCAAAAUAACCAUAAUAAAGAGCGAUGAUUACAAAGAAUCUAUAGUUUCGUCUGGGAACAAUAUGUACUUGUUUUACAAGCACAACGGACAUUGGACCAAUGGAACACGGAGAGGCUUCACGGCCUCGUACAAGACAGAAAGUAGGACUGAAAAAAGCGAAGCGGUCGCUGUGGUCCAAAGAAAGACAUUAGGAAAAUCUGAGCUGACUUUCCUUGGUGUGUUUGUGUUCGCUGUACUUGUUUUUGCGGUUCUUCUGUUCAUCGUGUUCACCAAAUUACGUCGGCAUCACAAACUCCUUCCUCCCUCCUCCGGCGGCAGCUCAAGCACGUCAGAGUCCACGCUGAGAUCCACGGGAACCUCGUCUCCUCUUGAUGACGAGGCUUCUAGCAGCGAACCGUUAAAGAACGUUCACAAGCAAAGAACUAAAAGCGAUCGAAGAAGAUCGUCGCAUAGAAAAAGACCUCGAAGGACAGAAUUUCUUUGCGACGCGGAUCGCGUCCCUCGUUGCACUUGUGGGGAGAUUUCCGAGCUGGAUUCUGUGUCUGGAAGUAACUCUGCUAGCGAUUUCUCGCCUGUCAAGGUGACUAACACUGUCGAGAGAGUACUGGUAAGGAAUAACAUAGAGUGUGACUGUCCAGAUUGCCUCAGAUACGAGAGGUACGCUGUUUCGGGAUGCGCAGAGUUUCGAGCCCCCGAGAAAAAAUAUUACGGAGAUUGGAUGUUGACGGAAAUGCCUGCGGAAACACCUUGCUACACAGAUCAGCGUAUUUAUAGAGAUGCAUGUAAAGGUUUUGUGUAAAUAGUGUUUAUAGUCUUACUACAAAUCAUGUUUGAUUCAGUGAAGUACUCAGUCGACAGGUUGUUUGGUUAGGUUUCCCAGGUUACUGAACGUACGUCCUCUCAUGCAAUCAAGUGCAAAUCAAUUUGGAUUCUGGCGUCUUCCUGAUUGUCCUCUUAAAUGGAAUUGGUUUAUUUUAAUCUUUCCUUGGCUUUGGAACGAUUUUUUAUCGGAUAGUCAAAAGGUGUAAGAGGCGAGAGGUAAGAUUUUGUCUUUGCCUCGAAAGAACCAUUCAUCCGAGCGACAUCUUUUGUCACUGAGUACUUUGCUGAACAACAAGGACACUGUGUAUAGUGAGGUAGAGUUGGAAAGAGAAAUGCGUCCGAUGUAUAGUUUUUAACUUUCAAAACUAUUGCGAAUGUUAGGUUUAAGUUUGAUUUCCUAGGUUUGAGGCCUUGUUUGAAUAGACUUGUUGGUCAUGAAGGCGUUACGUAAAAAAAGAUAUGAUAAUAUAUUGUAAUACUAAUUUUAACUCUCCAAAGAGGCAGAGAAAUUAAUUCUAAGAGUACAGCCGAAGGUUGCAAACCUGUUUUAUUCAUUCAGUUUUCGAGUACACCGUUAGACAUUUAUGCAACUUUCGCCGGGUUUUUUGUGACUGAACACGCAUUAGUUUAAACGAUUUAUGUUAAGAAUGUUCGUUUUACUUGACUUCCGCUGAAACAGUUUUUCAAGUCUAUUCUACUGUACUAAUUGAUUUUACAAUUCUAAUAAGUCUAUAAGUAACUAAUUUUGUUUGCUUUUCACAAUUUCGCACGAGGGAAGAUUUCGAAUUUACUCGCAAAUUUGCCUUUGCAAACGUAUUACUACUCGUAGCGAGAACUUUGGUAACAAACAAGAACCUCCGAAAGAGAAAGUUUUCUUAGUAAUUCAUAUAAAGAACGAAAGUAAUUUCACCGUAUAAAGAUCAUGAAAAUUUGAUGUUUCUAGUUCUUCAUGAAUUGUAAAAUCUCUCAGUAGAGUCACUCGUACCCUAACAAACUAUACACAAGGUAACCGUAGUAACGCGUUAAACCCUAGUUUAACAAUGAAAAUACAUCGAAGCCAUAUAUUUGUAGUAUAAAGUUUUGUAAAGCAAUUUUAGAGCCCUGAUAGUAGGGCGAGACUAAAUUAAGAUACUUUUGGACAGAAAAGGAUAUAUUGUACUAUUAAAAGGUAAUUACUAUUUAUUGAAUCAAAAAAAACGGGGACAAAAUCCUUUAAAGUACUAAGUUUGGGACUUUGGACAAAGCCACGGUAGUUUUUAGUCUAAAACGCGGAUUUAUAUGAUAAAUAACAAAUAGAAAAAAAAAGUUCAGAUCUGUA